CCCUCCUUCUCUCUCUCUCCAUCUAACACGAUGAAAGACUUGGAUCUACUUGCUUUUACAGUUGAACUCGGUCAACUUUAUGAAAAAUCUAAAACAGCAGGCACUGUUUCCGUAACUAUGAAGAGAAUGACAGGAAAACGUCUUAUUAAAGCCUCAAAAGUCAAGAAAGAAAUGCCUAAAGGGGGUGCAGCAGUUGUCAACAGUACUGAAGAGAAGGAUGCCAUUGAAUACCCUUGCCUUGUACGUGCUGUAUAUAAAAAAAAUAAGAUUAGCACAAUUAUUGCACCUGAGGAUUUCGAUCGAUUCCAGAAUGCUUAUGGUACAAUUAUUAGAGCUUAUAUGGAUACAUUAAAGAAAAAGGACCGUUCAAAGAAAGUUAAGAAAGUGAAUAAAUAAUAAUAUUAAAAAAGAGUAAUUCAAAUGCAGAAUCCAUGAAACUACUAUCUGAUUCAAAUAUCAAUGAGAAGAUAAAAAUAAAAAAAAA